CCGGGCGUAAAGGUUUUCCUCAUGUAAUCUACGCGCGCUUGUGGCGCUGGCCUGACCUUCACAAGAACGAGCUGAAGCAUGUGAAAUUCUGCCAGUACGCAUUUGACCUCAAAUACGAUAAUGUCUGUGUCAACCCUUACCAUUAUGAGAGAGUGGUGUCACCAGGCAUCGUUGGUCUCAGUCUUCAAAACACGGGUCCCACUGGCAGACUAAUAAAGGAAGAGUACAGCCACGACUGCAUUCAGAUGGACGUUCCCCCAGGCCUGCCUCCUCAGCAGGACCACCAGGGGGCGAUGAAACUCCCUCCUCCGGACCACUACGGCCAGCCACUGCCUCCUCUACAGCUGCCUUCAGAACCCAGCCGCGCCCCCCCGCCGGUCACCCUUUACUCCAACAUGCCCCUCUCCCCCACCGCUUCAGGCUCUAUGAUGCCGAUGCAGGGAGGUCACGGUGAAGGCUUACUUCAGAUUGCAUCUCCUCAGGGUCAAGUCAUGACCCCUACCCCUCCCCCCUCCACCCCUACACAUGGACCCCCACAGACCCCCGUCCCACCGCAGCCUCCACCCAACCAGAACGGCUACAACAGCUCCAAACACUCCCAGACGCAAGGCUCCUUUCACACAAACUGGACAGGCAGCAGCACAGCCUCCUACACUCCAGUAGGACCCCAGCAAAACGGACGCGGCCACCAGCCUCCUCUCCAUCACCCACACUUCUGGUCUCAGCAUCACAGUUCAGCGUCUUUCCCCCCUCCAGUCUCCAACCAUCCAGGUCCUGAGUUCUGGUGCUCCAUCUCAUACUUCGAGAUGGAUGUGCAGGUGGGGGAGAUGUUUAAAGUGCUGUCCAGCUGUCCGGUGGUGACGAUUGAUGGGUAUGUGGACCCCUCAGGAGGAGACCGCUUCUGCCUGGGUCAGCUCAGUAAUGUGCACCGCACAGACGCCAGUGAGCGCGCCAGGUUGCACAUAGGUAAAGGAGUGCAGCUGGAGUGCCGCGGCGAGGGCGACGUAUGGAUGCGCUGCAUGAGCGAUCAUGCUGUCUUUGUGCAGAGUUACUACCUGGACAGAGAAGCGGGUCGAGCGCCAGGAGAUGCAGUGCACAAGAUCUACCCAGGGGCCUACAUAAAGGUCUUUGACCUCAGGCAGUGCCACAGGCAGAUGCAGCAGCAGGCGGCCACGGCUACGGCGGCGGCGGCUGCACAGGCCGCGGCGGUGGCAGGGAAUAUUCCAGGACCAGGAAGCGUCGGUGGAAUCGCUCCUGCAGUCAGCCUCUCGGCAGCAGCAGGGAUUGGUGUGGAUGAUCUCCGGAGGCUGUGCAUCCUGCGCCUGAGCUUCGUGAAGGGCUGGGGUCCUGACUAUCCGCGGCAGAGCAUCAAGCACACCCCCUGCUGGGUGGAGGUGCAUUUGCACCGGGCGCUGCAGCUGCUGGACGAGGUGCUGCAUACUAUGCCACUGGCAGACCCUGGACCGGCUAACUGAGAGCGAACGAUACACAGCAAACACUCACCACCACACAGAUACUGGACGCACUACAGUAAACGUGCGAAGAGCAUUACCUGCUACAGUGUGCUUCACACUUUUAGCAGUCAUUAGAAUACCAAUGAAAACACCACAGAAUUUCACUAUUCAAAAAUUCAUGUUUUGGAAAGAUAUUUCAGUGCAUUUUCUUGUUCUAUAGUGAAAUGUUGCAUUUCUUUUCGGGUUAAUCUCACAAAAACAUGUCUAGGUCAUAUUUCGCUCUAAUAUAAAAAAUUAUAUUUGCUUAAAGACAAUGAAGACUAUUUUUAGGAAUUUUAAAAAAAAAUUUGCAUUAUGACUAGGGCUGCAAAGGGGCGGAACAUUUCUGGAAACUUCCCAAAAAUUCUAGAAAGUUUCUGGAAAUUUGCCAGACAUUUUCUGCCCCUUUGCAGCCCUAAUUAUGACAUUUGUUUUUUUAUUAAUUAAGCACAUUUUCCUGCCAAAUUCUGAAUCAUUCCUGCCAAAAUAACUGAAAUGUUUCCAGAUGGUUUGAGGUUGUUUGUUUGCAAUGGUGAUGUACAGAUUACUGUAUAUUUUUGAUUUAAAACAAUGAUUUGUUUGAUUAAAUUAAGGGCGG